UGAUGAUGGAGGAUGUGGAAUCCUCACUGCUGGAAGAUUUCUGCUUACACAUCAACACGAAGAUUUCGAAUAUUAAAAAAUAUUUGCAAUUAAGAAAAAUAGGUGAAGAAAAAUGCCUCAGAGUUCUCCUGCAGAAAAUAGGAAAAGAUGUGAUCCUCUUGAAUGAUCUCCUGAAUAAAAUGGAAGCUGAAGUUAAUCAGCAAGAAAAAACGAAGCAUAUGCUACAAGAGCUCCAGCAGGCUGCCGAGAGAAACCUAAAAGAAGCGCAGCACCUCCUGGAACACAUUCCUCCCCACCUGCCCAAGCGAACUCGGAGCAGCGUCCCUGUGCCAGCUGCGAAACACGGAGAGCAAACGAAAGCGGCAGAACCCGAACCUGCCAAGCAACCUGAAAAACCAAAACAAGUCAUUAAGAAAAUGGCAUUGAUAACGGCAGAAGAAUUUGCAGAUGUUCCUGUGUAUCUGAAAGGCCGUUUGGGACGCGAUCAGAUCAAUGCAGUCGUUGAAGAGAUCAACAAGGCCGUCGUGGGCAAGUACAAGAUCAUGCAUCGGCCUCUAAAAUCUCUGGGUUUUGCUGCCAGAAACCUCUACAGCAGGUUCAUAGAAGAAGAAACUAAGGAUACAAAAGGUGAAUUCUUUAUCGUGGAGGCUGAUAUCAAGGAGUUCACCCAGCUGAAGACGGACAAGCGCUUCCACAACAUCCUGAGCAUCCUGAGGCACUGCCAGAGGGUGAGAGAAGCCCGCAGCGCCAAACUGGUCCGCUACAUCAUCUGUUAA